AUGGCAGCCGACGCUAUCCAGAAAUGGGUCGACGAUCACGGAUACACAUGCAACAUUGAAAAAAUAGCCCUAGAGGGCGAAGGCCGCAUCUUUGAGCGGGUGGACCUCCUCUGGAAGUUACUGCUGAACUGGAUGGAAGAAAUCCGGAACGCUGAUUUCAUCUUGUUUGCCUGCCACAGUCAAGGGGUUCCCGUUACACUCAUGUUGGUGGCCAAGUUGAUCUCUUUCGGAUGUAUCAAUGCUGCUCGGGUGGGUGUCUGUGCCAUGGCCGGCGUUAACAUGGGGCCCUUCUCCGAAUAUCGAUCACGGUGGAUAAGCGGGUCUGCAGGAGAACUGUUCGAAUUUGCCUUGCCUUACAGCCAAGUUUCCAAAGACUACGAGGCCGCCCUCAAAACCUCUCUUGAUUUCGGAGUCCGGAUAUCAUACAUCGGUAGCAUCGACGACCAGCUCGUCUCCCUUGAGUCGUCUUUGUUCUCACCAGUUACCCAUCCAUAUAUCUAUCGGGCCGUGUUUGUCGAUGGCAGAGUCCAUGCACCAAGUUUCGUUUCACAUCUGGUCGGAUUUGCUCUGAAACUCCGGAAUCUGGGCAUCCCUGACCACGGCCUCAUCCGCGAAUUAAGCUCUCCACUCGCCGGCAGCCUAUAUAGCGGCGAAGGCCACUCUCGACUUUACGACGACGAGGCCGUCUAUCGACUGGCCAUCGAAUUCGCCCUCGAAACCUCCAACGUCCAAGGCUCAACCCUAGACAUCCGCCGCAGCCACCCCUCGUCCCAAGUAAACCCGUACAUCCUCCCCUUCGCCAUGCGCGGUCUACUCGAGGAAGAGUUCGUGCGCCGCGAACUCUACGACGAAACCAUGCAACUCCUCCGCCAGUUCGACGAAUGGAAACCCACCAGCAAGGUCCUGAAAGACGUCAAGUUCCGCUUGGAAGGAAUCAGAUCUAAACUUUAGAUCAAUCGAUCUUCUUGCCGUAGCUCAUCCCGAUUCCCGCCAUUUAGCCUUAGCUUACUUCUGUUGCCUUGUUUCUUUCAUGUCCAUAUACUGUACUAACUACAGGCUACUAUUUCCCCCUUACGAAUUAAGAAAUAGACAGACAGAUCAAUUUGGUUCUUUUGAAAUAUCGUGAUU